ACUAAUUAUAAUAUGUAGAGUAUACCAUGUCAUAAGUAAUUUCAGUAUUGUGGGAUAACUGGGAUGGCUCGCAGAAAAAGCCGGCUACAGCUGCUCAUCAGUGGGGUACUCAUCUUCUGUAUAGCUCAGUUGAUUGAUGCAAAGUGGAAUUUUCUCAAUAUCAAGUUUUACCUCUCUAAGUCUAAGAGGACUUCUUUACCAUUUACACGGAAGUUCCCCAAGGACAGUCAUUCACUCAUAAAGAAAAGCACAGGGAAUAACACAACUCCUUACCAUGGGGAACCCCUAGCUGAAAAGAGUUCUGAUCACCCAGACUUUCGGAUCAUAGUCAUAGUUUUCAAUCGACCCCAUUCCUUGGAGCGUCUUCUGGACUCUCUGAAUAAAGCGGAAUAUUUUGAAGAUAAAGUCAUUCUAGAGGUGUGGAUAGAUAGAUCUAAAAAGGACGGUACUAUACAUGAUGGAACAUACCACACAGCCAGCAGGUUUAAGUUUUAUCAUGGAGAAUACAGGGUACACAACCACACCAAACAUGUUGGUAUAUACGGUCAAUGGAUUGGGACAUGGAACCCCGCCCCUGAAUCAGAGGAGAUAGUGGUCAUUCUGGAGGAUGACCUUACGGUAUCCAAACAUUUCUACCGCUGGCUCAAAAACGUCCAUAAGAAGUAUGACAGUAUGAACAACCUGGCUGGUUAUGCUCUACAAGGGCGCAGCAUAAAGCAUGGUGGAGCACCGGGGGAUCUAAGGGGACCAGAAAAAGAUGUCUGUUUUCUGUACCCAAUCUUAGGUACCUGGGGCUACUCCCCUCACCGUAAGAAUUGGUUUCACUUUGUGGAAUGGUACAGGAAAAAGUCCACAGACCCCACAUUUCAACCCCUGGUCCCAGGGAUCCUACCCACUCAGUGGUGGAAGAUAUUCCAACAAAGAGGCAAAACAGAAGGAAUGUGGAGUAUGUGGUAUAUUUACCAUGCCUGGAACAACAAGUUAUGGACAUUGUACCCUAAUCUGAGGAACUCCCAGGGCCUGACCAUAAAUUGGAAGGAGUCAGGACUUCACUACAAACAAAAACAGACAGCAGAGGACAAAACAGCAGAUCCAAUUCUACAGGAGUGGAUAGCAGAUUAUGAUUUUUUGCCAGGGGCACCAGCUAAACUUGAUGUUAAUGGCAAAAUAUUACAUUUCAAAGUUCAGUAGAAGUUUGUUAGGAGAGCUUUGGAAACAUUUCUUCAAGGAAGAUUAUAAAGAUAGUAUUAAUUAAUUGAAAAUUUAAAAAAAGAAUGGAAGAAAACUAUGGAAUGUGAAUUACUUUAGAUGUUGAUUUUACCAACUUAGGUUCUGGAUUCCAUCCUUUAGUGGUAAUUUAAAAUGUCAAAAUCUUGCACUUUGAAUCUGUAAGUCCACAUCUUAAUGUGUCUGUGUAUGGAUUUUCAUAGUUAAGUAAACCAUUAUAUAAUCAGGUUUUUUUUCUAUUUUGAUUCUGUUUCAUUAUUUUUUAUUUAUUUUGAUGUACCCCUUUAAAGAUUUACCAAAGAAUAAAAAGUAUUAAUUUACGAAUGUGUACUGUAGAGUCUUUAUGUACAUAUUGCAUACCAAGCAUUAACUACUGUGGAUAAAUUUUAUUCUUCAGGGAAACUUAAUUUAAAUUCAAUAUUAAGGUUGUUUUUUUGUUUGUAGAAUUUGUAUAUUUUAUCAAUUUAUGAAUUCAUUAUUAAUGGUAUAUCAGGAUCCUAGAGUUUUACCUUCUAUUGUGAUAAAAUGUUACAGUGAAAACUGUCUAAUCUGGCACCUGUGUAAUCCGUUUUACUUUGAAUUCUGACCUUUAUUUUCAUUCCCAUUUUACUAUUUUCCAUGAUUUUACGCUGUAUAAUCUGACUCCCUGUAUAUUCCGACACAUAUUUUGUGUCCCUGUGUAUGUCUGAUUAGACAGGUUUCACUGUACUAAUAUUCAGCAGGUUACCAAAGUUUUUAUGUUGUAUCAUGUAUCCAGGGAAAUUUAGUGUUAACUUGUAUGAUGUUGAUGUUUUUAUCUUUAUUAAGCUGUGACCAUAUAUAAAAGUUGUUGUUGUGCAAUGUUUUGUAUGAAAUAAUAUAUUUUCAUAUAUUUUUUCUUGCCAUGUUUUUUUUUUUUGUUAAUGUGUUUUUUUAUCCUUAU